AUGCAGCCGGAAAACCGCUCUAUUUCUCAGACAGAGGUGAAAAACACCUGGAUUUGCAGGGCGGUGGGUGUGGGAGGUCUCCAUCUGAUCUGGUUUCCCUGUCAUGUGUGGACGCUAGAAGAGGCCGGGUCCUCUCCGGAGCCGGAGCGCACCACAGGCUUCCUGGAGGCGCAGAGGAAGAGGAAGAGGACCAUCUUCAGCCGAGCGCAGCUGUCGGAGCUGGAGCAGGCCUUCAAUGUCACCCCGUACCCCGACAUCACCCUGAGGGAGAGGCUGGCUGCACACACACACCUGCCCGAGAGCAAGAUACAGGUGUGGUUCCAAAACAGGAGAGCCAGAAGCAUCAAGACUGGCAGACUCCCGACGUCUGUCACUAAGCCUGUCCAGGGAGGGAGAGGUGAGGUUGAGUCCUCCCCUGCAGCCAUGACCACCACCUUCUCCACCCCAGCCACCCUGCAAGACAUAUUCUGGCAAGAGCAGAGCCACCACUCCGAGGAUCUUCCGCACAUGUAUUCUGACUGGUUCCAAAUGUACAGCAACUCUGUAUCGUCACCACCGUCCUCUUCAACCCUCCAACAGCAGCCCGGCCCGGCCUCCUCCAAAGCUUCAGAGCCUCGUCCCUGGGUGGAGGAGCACCACCGACAGCAGCACCUGGGACCAGCGCUCCCUGGAUUUAAUCCUUGUUCAUUUCCCCAGCCCAUCAGCAGGCAGCCUCACCACUCCUCCUCAUCCCGCUCGUAUCAGGCUUUCAGGAGCUUCAAGCCCCAGAGCCUGGUUCAAGCUGGGGCUCACCAGGCUAUGUAUGGAGGCAGCCCUGGAGGUGGAAGCCAUGCCUCUGUGGACCAGGUAGUCCCCUCUCACCCUCAGCCAGUGUACUGGGAGGUAACUCAGGGCCAAGGACCUCACCACCAUCACCACCCACAAAUGGGACCACAGACAUCCAUGGGAUACAUCUCAGACCUGAUCUACAAUGCUGCUAUUGUCACUAACUUUCUUGAAUUCUGAAGAGUCUGGAGCAUUAGCUUUAAAGUGUUAGAAUAAAACUGUCUCUUCUUCACAUUGUUCAAUCUGUCUUUUCUGUCAGGAACCCUAGUAUUUUCCUUUAUUUCAUUUUUUGUGUCUCCAUCUGUCCUUUGUUUUAAAAGAGCUGCUUGUGCAUCAAAAUUAACCUAUAUAUAUAUAUAGUUGUUGUGCUGCUGUU